AUGAAUCCAACAUUUUUGACAACCACGGAUCCUUCAGCAAGCAGCCGCUUAUUUGCAAUGCACAGUAGUUUUUCUUCUGCUGGCGAUGACCACCCAGUAAUGGCGACCACUGAGGCCAUAUUUACGAGUAGUCCGAAUAUCUUUUCCACUCCGUCGGUGCCAAAAAGCAAUGCAAUUUCUUAUUCAAAGAAAAACGGCAGUAUUGCAAAUGUUGAUCCGGAUUCUGAGAUUAAUCCGAUGGAGGCUUUCGGGCUCACAAAAUUAGUGCGAACAACGGAUGCUGAAGAUUUGGCGGUGGACGCAGAGGAUUCGUUUGGUCCAGAAACUUCUCGAGUAUUACUGCCAAGCGCCUCUUCAUUUGCAGCAUUUAGCUUUACAACAACGACAACAACAACUAGGGCACCUAUGAUUGCGAACAGCUGGAAUUUCGGAAAUAAUAUUAUUGUGUCUACUGAUUACGAGGAAGAACCAAAAUUAACAAAUCAGGAAUUGCCGAAACCCGCUUCCAGAAUGCCAUACAAGGAAUACACGAAGCCAAGCUCGGUGGCCCAGCCAACCGUAAUGCAAGGAGAAUUUGGCCGUACGAAAUCUGGCAGCAGUUUAGUUUAUGACCCGAAUCAAGUUCCGCAGCAGCUUCCACAGCAGACUGGGAAAAUUUUUAUCGGCAGGACUUCGUUACCGUUCUUCCCAUUUCACAACCAGCCAGGUUAG